AUGUCGAAGAAUAACAGCUCGAAUCGUGAGAAGCAAAAUGGAAAUUCAAAGGGUGCCAAGCCAUCCAAAUCUUCCAAGACAGCUCUAGCAGUGUCUAUCAAGAACUGUCAGAUGUGUCAUCAGGAAGCUCACUACAGCUACCAAUGUCAAAAGUUUCAAUCAGCAACCCCUGCUCAAAGGCUUCAGCUAGUCAAGAAAGCUAAACUUUUCCUGAAUUGUCUUCGAGAUUCCCAUACUACAGAAGCUUGCCAGAGUUCCAAUUGUCGCAAAUGUCAGGUGAAGCAUAAUACUUUGCUUCAUGAUGCCCUUGUAGUACCUUCUGAGAAUAGUCAGGUCCCACCAGAGGCUCCCAUCAAUCCAGUUCCUUCAUCCUCUGGGGGAGUGCCAGCUAGCUUGGUCAGUAAUCUCCCGCGCAAGGUCAUCUCCGAGCAAAUUUUACUACCUACAGCAACAAUCAUGGUCAAGGGAGUAGACGGCAGACUCCACAAGUGUCGAGCUCUCCUCGAUUCGUGCAGCCAGACUAAUUUCGUGACAAAUUCAUUUGUACAGAAGAGUAAGCUUCGUACACUCCCUCAAGGCAAUCAUGUAGUUUCUGGCAUUGGACAGCAUAAAACAUCAUCCAAUAAUUCCACUCAUUUUACAUUCUCAUCUCAAGAUGGGAAUUUCACAAUGGAUUUGGACUUCAUAGUACUUGAUUCCAUCGUCGAUGAUCAGCCAAGUUCAAUAUUUGAGGUGCUUUGGCAUAUUCCUGCAGGCAUUCCACUUGCAGAUUUCGAGUAUAAUAUACGCAGCAGGAUUGAUGUGCUCUUGGGAGCUGAAGUAUUUAUGAAGGCGCUCCGUUCCGGACGUUUUGAAGGAUCACCAACCCUCCAAAAGACAGCUUUCGGUUAUAUUAUAGCCGGAAGCACCCCUUGUGAAUCUACAUCUGCAUUCGCGAGUUCCUGUGUGUCUACUUGCCUCUGCUCUCUCAACAUGUCAGAUACUCUUCCCCAGCAAAUGGAACGAUUUUGGACGGUAGAGGAGCCACCUACGCCUGAAAAGAUUUUAUCUAAGGAAGAGCAAUUGUGUGAAACUCAUUUCACACAACACACAACUAGGGAUUCAGAUGGUCGUUUUGUCGUGCGACUCCCACUACGAGACAAUCUUGAAGCACUGGGUAAGUCAGAAACAUUGGCUCUCAAAAGGUGUUUUUGCAUCGAGAAAAAGCUCCAGCGCAAUCCAGAUCUUCGGGAGAAAUAUGUUGCUUUUAUGCGUGAGUACGAAAGUCUCGGUCACAUGCGUCUUCUUCCGGAAACCUAUCACUCAGAUCGACCACCUGUUUACUUACCUCAUCACCCCGUCUUCAAAGUAUCAUCCUCUACACCAGUAAGGGUGGUAUUCGAUGCAUCUGCCAAAACAAGCAGCGAAGUAUCUCUGAAUGACGUACUGAUGGUGGGGCCCAAAACGCAGGAUGAUCUUUUUGCAAUUUUAUUGAGGUUCAGAGAACAUAAUAUCGUUGUAAAAGCAGACAUCAAAAAAAUGUUUCGACAGGUACGUGUGCACUCAGAUGAUCAAAAUAUGCAACGUAUUUUUUGGCGUGAAGCACCACAUCUUCCCAUGAAUACAUACUUGCUGUCUACUAUGACCUAUGGGACAGGAAGUGCCAGUUAUCUUAGCACGAGAUGCAUCAGUAAACUCGUGGAGGAAGAGGGUGAUAAUUUCCCAGUGGCGAAACCAGCAGCUUCCCGUGACUUUUAUGUAGAUGAUUUCAUUUCCGGGAACCCAACAGUUGCUGAAGCUCAAGAAUUACAGUCUCAGAUCAAUUUACUUAUGCGCAAAGGAGGAUUUCAACUAUCAAAGUGGAUGUCCAAUGGCUCAGAAGCACUCAAAAAUAUUCCCCUCAGCGAGAGAGAGAUCACAGAGCCACUGGAUCUCUCAUCUACAGAGACUAUCACCACAUUGGGCCUGCAAUGGAAUCCCGUUAGUGAUGAAUUCACAUUCAAAGUUUCUUCAUCUUCUCAAACCAUCACCAAGAGAGCCAUCCUCUCAGAAAUGUCAAGAAUCUUUGACCCUCUCGGAUUGUUGGCACCAGUCACCAUCCAGGCAAAGAUUCUCAUGCAAUCUCUUUGGCUUGUCAAAGCCGAUUGGGACGAUGAACUUGUGGACACGACUGUUUUGAAAACAUGGCAAGAAUAUCAACAAAAUCUCAAGGAUUUGGUGGAGUUCCGGAUUCCUCGUCACAUAACCUCUGCUCACUAA